AGCACGCCUGUAGUCAGCAGACUACCUAAUCUAUGUUUUUACACUGAGGUAACAAACUGUUACCCAUUCUCGUUCUGUAAUUGGUCAAAACGCUCCAGAAGUGAUCAAACCAAUAUGAGCCUCACUUCGCUGCAGCCGACGGCACAACUCCAUCUGCCGCGUCGCCGCGUCCACACUCACGGUGCUGCCGACUGAAUUAGUUAUGUUUAAGCCUGUAUUUGAAACAUUUCCAGUGUUAGUCCAAAAGGCGUUGCCUGGUACCGUGUGAAGUGUACGCCGAAUUUCUUCCUUCAACAGCUUUUGUGAGAUGUUCUUCAUUUACCAUGGCAAGGGGUCUGUUUCCAUGGGGGUUGUUUAGAAAGCGUCUGUUCGUCCAGGCCAAAUUUUCCUACCUACACAUGAAGUACUUCUUUUUUUCCUGGCUGGCAGUGUUUGUGGGGAGCUGGAUAGUUUACGUUGAGUAUUCGUCCUACACAGAGCUGUGUCGUGGGCAAGACUGCAAAAAUUCAAUAUGUGAAAAAUACAGGAAAGGAGUCAUUGAUGGCUCGGCCUGCAGCAGCCUUUGCAAGAAAGACACACUUUACCUGGGGAAGUGCUUCACUGCCAAGCCUAACAGCCAGGUGUAUUCUGGAAGCUGGGGAGACCUGGAGGGAGUCAUUAAGUGCCAGAUGGAGGAGCCUCCUCAUUAUGAUUUGGGAAGCGAGAUGGAGCCCAGGAAGGAGGCUGUGGCCUUCAACAAGCCCACCAAGGGGACCUCUGUGGAAAGGUUUAGAGAGAUGAUCCUCAACCACCUAAAGGCUAAAGUGGGGGAUCAGCCCAACCUUGCUGACCUGGCAACCCAAGUAUUGUCUAUAACCGAUGCCAAUAAAGAUGGUCAUAUCUCACUGCCUGAGGCUCGCUCCACCUGGGCACUGCUGCAGCUCAAUGAAUUCCUGUUAGCAUUAGUCCUGCAAGACAGAGAGCACACACCCAAGUUACUGGGCUUCUGUGGAGACUUGUAUGUGAUGGAGAAGGUGCCAUAUUCUCCACUGUACGGGAUCAAUCUACCCUGGAUCAUCGAGGUGUGGAUUCCUGCUGGUCUGCGCCACAGCAUGGACCAAUGGUUCACCCCCUCCUGGCCACACAAGGCCAAGAUCUCCAUUGGACUCUUGGAACUGGUCGAGGAUGUUUUCCAUGGCACUUUCGGCAGCUUCCUCAUGUGCGAUGUGAGUGCCACAAGUUUUGGCUACAAUGAUCGGCAUGACCUGAAAGUGAUGGAUGCACGAUACAUUGUUCCUGAAGCCAUUUUCCAAGAAAACAUGAGACAGAAACGCUGCGAUGUGGACGAGGAUUGUCUUUACGGUGCCGACUGCCUUACUUCCUGUGACCUCACUAAGCACCGUUGCACACCCGAGGUCACCAGGCCAAAUUUAGCCAAAAGUUGUGAGGCACUCAUGGACUACAUUCUGAGAGGUGCCCCAUCUGAUAUUAGGGAGGAGCUGGAUAAGCAGCUGUAUGCUUGCAUUGCACUGAAAGGUUCAGCGGAACAGAUGGAAAUUGAGCACUCACUUAUUCUAAACAAUGUCAAGACUUUGCUAUGGAAGAAAAUUUCUCACACAAAAGAUUCCUAAUAAAUGACAAGCUUUCAGAAGCACAAAGAUUACUUUUUUAAAUUAGUCUUAACAAGCAUAUGAUUCCCCUUACCUUCAUCUCAAAUGUGUAUUUAUCUGGAAGACAAAAGGAUUCACAAGGAUCCAACAGAUGUUUAGAGUAACAUAAAACUGCUUUAAAAAAAAAAAAAAAAAAAAGGUCAUUUAAUAGUCAUUGUUAUAUUAAAACACUUCAAAAAAGGGACAGAAACCAAAAGCCAUCUUUGUUAGUCUGUCCAUGAUCCAACAGUCACCACCCUGGUUUGCUUGAAAUAAAACCUGAAUUUAUACAUUUACAUAACCAACACAUCAAAGUAUUUAAAAUAGGGUCUGCAGUUUGGCACUGCCGAUUUCGUUUAACUAAGAUUUUUCUCUUUUACGGAAAGGUGUCUCUGUACGGGUCCUUUCCAUAAUGUCAGACGCCCAGCUUCCUCACUCAGUACUGGAUCAUUUAAUUCUUUGGUUUACAUUGGUCACCAAAGCAUGUCAAACCAAAUCGAGUCCAGGUGGAAAAAUACCACUAUUACCCUUCAACUUUGAUUUACCUUAACGCUCUGAUUCAACUUCCUCAGACAAAUGAAGUUUGUUUAGAAGGGAUGUUUGCAGAAAUUAUUUCACUGCACAAGUAAUUUUUUAUGAUAAUCAAAUCAGCCUAUAGACAAUUUUAACUAUUGAGGUUUAACUACACAAAACUACUCUAUAAAAAUCCUAAAGGUUAAAUAAUUGAAGGUGAUAAAGAGACAAUGCCAAAGGAAACAUUAAGUACAAUAUAUGAAUAAGUACUCAAGGAAAUUACUCUUUUUCAAUAGAUUUAUUAGAACAAAUUUCCACAGGGAGCAGCACCUCAAUCGGCAUCCUCCUGUUCCUGAGCCCGGAGGAAGCUGG